CAAUAAGGAAGAAUGUUUAAUUUUAAAUGAUUAUAUAACGAUGGUUGAAUGUAAGGUUUUUAUAUUUAUAUUAAUUUUUCUUUUAUCUGUUUUCUUCGUAAUUUUCAUUAAACUCCAUAAUGUAGAAACAAUCGAAGAGCGCAUGCUUUUCAACGAUUUUAUUGAGAAUUAUAAUAAAACUUACAAAAUAGAUUCAGAAGAAUAUGAGUUACGAUUUAAAACAUUUCAGAAAUCUUUGUUGGAAAUUGAUUAUCUGAAUGGCGAUGAAAACACUAUUGCUGAUACCGCUUUUUAUGGUAUCACUAAGUUUUCUGAUUUGUCUAACACUGAAUUUGAUGAUCGAUACUUAAUGUAUGAGCAUAAAAAAAAUUCUCAUCCCAGGAGACAUGUAAAAUUAUCAAAUCUGAGGCAUCGAUCGAAGAGAUCUGUUACUUUACCCAGAAAAGUUGAUUGGAGGAAAAAGCAGUGUGUUACUGCAGUAAAAAAUCAGUUUACCUGUGGUGCUUGUUGGGCAUUUAGUGCAAUUGAAACUGUGGAAUCUAUGGUGGCCAUGAAAUCUGGGAAGCUAAAGACGUUUAGUGUACAAGAGUUUAUCGAUUGUGCUAGAAAUGGUAAUCUUGGGUGUGAUGGAGGAGAUACAUGUAAUCUUCUGCAGUGGAUUGUUGAUAAUGAUGUUGGUAUUCAAGAAGAACAUGAAUAUCCAUUGAUACUUAAAACUGAACAAUGUAAAUUGAAAGAAGUUGGCAAAGGAGUCCAUGUUGCUUCUAACUAUACAUGUGAUUAUUUGGUUGGAGAAGAAGAUACUUUACUCGCAUUGUUGGCUUAUCAUGGACCUGUUGCAGUGGCUGUUAAUGCAUUAACAUGGCAGUAUUAUCUUGGGGGUGUUAUACAAUUUCAUUGUGAUGGUUCUCUAGAAAAUCUUAAUCAUGCAGUGCAGAUUGUUGGCUAUAAUCUGGAUGCUACUCCUCCUUAUUAUAUUGUGAGGAACUCAUGGGGAGAAGACUUUGGACAGAAAGGAUAUUUAAAAAUAGCCAUUGGUUCAAAUGUUUGUGGUAUUGCCUCGGAAGUAGUAUCUCUUGAUGUACUAUAACAAAGAAGUCACUUAUUUGAUGGUCUUCAGUUAUAUUUUAACAUUUUAUAAUGAUUAUUCAAAAAUUAAGUUUAAUAUAGUUUUGAUGUUAUAGCAUUUUUAAAGAUUUAGGAAUAGGAAAAAUAAAAUUAUUCCAUUGUGUUUAAAUGAUUUGUUUACUUUUUAAGAUUAAUUGUGUGCCUUAUAGAUUAUUAUAAACUUCUGAAUUUGAAACUGGUCUGUGAUAAUUAUUUUUUGACAAAAUAAAUUUUUACUAUUUGCCAUAUAUUGUGACUAUUUUUAUCAAUACAGUUUUAAAGUGUA